AUGGUAGCACAGUUAAUGCUUUUUUCAGACAAAUGGAUUCAAAAUCCUUCCCAACCUCUAUGUGUUAGUUACUCUAACCCCAACCACAAAGUUGCUGAGUUUAUCAAUCACGAAUCUAAAACUUGGAAAACAGAGCUAAUAGAGUCUUUCUUUACUAGUGAAAACAGUCUGAAAAUUUGCAGCAUGAGAAUUCCAAUUUCUGGUAGUGACACUUUAAUUUGGCCUUACAAUAGAAAUGAUAUCUUAACUGUCAAAUCUGUUUAUAAACUGCUAGCUAAUGAACUGUCUCAUAAUUCUAGUCCCAACCCUGAUUUUGAUACUCAUAAGGCUCUAUGGAAAUCUCAAAUUUUGCCCAGAACACAAUUAUUCAUUUGGAAAUGUUUUGAGAAAAUUUUACCUACAGGUAACAAAUUAGCUAGAUUCAAUCACAAUCAUGAUGAUAGGUGCAAAUCUUGUAACUCUAGUGCUUCUGAAACCAUUGAACAUAUGAUGCUUCACUAUUUCUUUGCUAAAAAUGUCUGGUCAAAUAUUCCUGCUGUUAGUCACUCUGUUUUGCAGGAUUCUGAUUCCAAUAACAGUAUUAAGAACUGGAUUUCUAAGUGGCUUGUUACCAAAACACUGCAAGAUAAAUCAAUCACUUUCCUAACUAAAGCCUGGUGUAUAUGGAAGGACAUGUGCUCAAAAGUGUUUGAUAACAAACACUUAAAUCCUCAGAUUACAGCUAGAAAUGCCUUAAGAAUUGUGGGUGAAACUAUUAGUGCUCUUACCCCUGUUCCUGUACCAAAUAUCACCAAUAUGGCUACUGUUAAUGAUUCUAGUUUUCUUAACUCUAUUUCACAGAAUUGUCUUCUUAUCUAUUGUGAUGCUUCUUUUGACCAUAAUUCUAAUGACUCUGGUGUUGGGAUGGUGGCUAUAAAUUCUUCAGGUGAAUUCAAGGGCUGCAAACUAGUCUCAGGAAGGAGCACAUGUUCUGAAGGAGCUGAAAGUGUAGCAAUUCUGGAGGCUGCAAGUUGGAUUAAGAAGAAUAACUUUAAGAACUUUUACAUUAUAAGUGAUGCCAAAAACAUUAUGGCUUAUUUGAAUAACAGCAAAGGCCAAACUAGUUGGACUUCCUGCUCAGUUUUAGAUGAUUGUCUUUUCAUUCUUAAAGAUUCACUUCCUCUGGGAUUUAUUCAUCUCAGGAGAGAUCUUAAUAGUUUAGCAGACAUAGCUACCAAACACAGUAGAAUUAUGAAAAUUUCAGGAGAAUGGGAUGCUAAUAACUACCCCUAUUUUCUCCCUCAAGCUGUAAUUUCUCAUUAG